CUGCCCAGUGCCCGCAGGUGACGUGCUACUUUUUGAGGUUCACUCAAUUCCCCUUGUACUUACCUGUGCUGUGUUUUGGGUUUCUGAGGGGACUAUGCGAUCAGCUUCAAACACGCUGUGGCUGUAUUGAUUGAUACAACCUUCUAACCAACCACUCCACUACAAUGACCCUCUCCGCGCUUCUCCGCACUACAUCCCGUCUAGGGCCCACGGCCGUUUGGAGGGCCAGACGAGCGGCCUCGACCCUGUCCUCGGACGGUCCUGCAGUUCACAAGUCGUUGGACUCCAUCCUCAUUGCCAAUCGAGGGGAAAUUGCACUUCGAGUCGGACGGACGGCCGCUCAACAUGGCAUUCGCGUGACCACGCUCUACACAGACCCAGAUAGCAAGGCUCAACAUGCUUUGAGCUCGCCGUACGCGUUCAAUCUCGGCUCGGUCGCAGCGUAUCUGGACGGCGAUCGGAUCAUCGAGAUCGCUAAGCGGGAGGGCUGUCAAGGGAUACACCCGGGUUAUGGCUUUUUGAGUGAAAACUCUGCCUUUGCGAAGAAAUGCACCGAAGCUGGGCUGGUCUUCAUCGGUCCCCCAUGGAAGGCGAUCGAGGACAUGGGUGAUAAGAGUCAGUCUAAGAAUAUCAUGACCGCCGCAGGCGUACCAUGCGUGCCCGGCUACCACGGUGAAAACCAAGAUCCCAACUUCCUCGAAGCGGAGGCCGACAGGAUCCAAUACCCCGUGCUGAUCAAAGCCGUCAAGGGCGGAGGCGGCAAGGGAAUGCGCAUAGCACGCGCCAAGGCCGAGUUCCAGGCUCAACUCCAGUCGGCCAAAUCGGAAGCUAAGAGUUCGUUCGGCGAUGACCAUGUCCUGGUGGAGAAGUACAUUACAACCCCUCGUCACAUUGAAGUGCAGGUCUUCGCCGACAAGCAUGGGAAUUGUGUGGCGCUAGGCGAGCGUGACUGCAGCAUACAACGUCGACACCAGAAAAUCCUGGAGGAGUCUCCCGCGCCUCAUCUGCCGGAUGCCACCAGGAAGGAUAUCUGGGCGAAGGCGAGAUCGGCGGCUCUGGCGGUAGGCUACGAAGGCGCGGGGACGGUUGAAUUCAUCUUUGACAAUGAUAGCGGCGAGUUCUUCUUCAUGGAAAUGAACACCCGACUGCAGGUCGAACACCCCGUCACGGAAAUGGUGACCGGGCAGGACCUGGUGCAUUGGCAGAUCAAGGUGGCUGAAGGCGCUCACUUGCCUCUGACGCAGGACGAGGUGGAGGCUUAUAUGGCGACACGGGGCCACGCAAUCGAGGCUCGCAUCUACGCGGAGAACCCAAACCAGGGGUUCAUUCCCGACUCGGGCACCCUGCUGCACGUACGAACUCCCGCCGCGACCGAGGACGUUCGUAUCGACGCAGGCUUUGUCGCAGGCGACGAAGUAUCAGCCCACUACGACCCGAUGAUCGCCAAGCUCAUCGUGCGAGGCGCCACCCGAGAGGAAGCCAUUCGCAAACUCGCCGCCGCACUGGAAGAAUACGAGAUCGCGGGCCCGAUCACGAACAUCGAGUUCUUGAAGACCAUUUGCCGGAGCCCGGAUUUCAUCUCUGGUGAUGUGGAGACCGGAUACAUCGACAAGCACCGCGAGGAGCUGUUUACAAGAAAGGCCAUCGAUCCCGAGGUGCUGGCACAAGUGGCGUUGGCCUGUCUUCAGCGGGAUUCCAGCCUUGCAUCUCGCCCGCCGGCUAGCGUCGAGGGCUCGGCGAUUGGAUUUGGCCCCGGCUACCAGGCGCAUCAGAUCUCGUUCGCAGAUCUGACCCCCGGCGUUGAGACUGACUCGCAACACGACGUGCGCAUCCUACAGACAGGCGACCACACCUACAACGUCACCGUGCGGGAUCAGGUCUUUGAACAGGUCGUCAGCCACGACAACUUGAACUCCAACGUCGUCACCUCCUUCUUCCCCCACACCCGUCUCGAUACUACGGUCAUCCGAGAUGGAGAUACAAUCAUCGCUUUUCAGCAAGGCACGCAGUACCGGUUGACCGUCCCCCCGGCGAAAUGGAUGGAGAAAGCACUGGGCAUGAAGGACGUCAAGAACAGCGUUCUCGCACCGAUGCCCUGUAAAGUGCUGCGCGUGGAAGUCGCCGCCGGCGACACGGUCGAGAAGGACCAGCCGCUGGUAGUGAUUGAGAGCAUGAAGAUGGAGACGGUGAUCCGCAGCCCGCACAGAGGGGUUAUUGCCAAGGUGGUCCAUCAGAAAGGAGACCAAUGCAAAAGUGGAACGCCGCUGGUGGAGUUUGCAGAAGAUGGCAGCAGCGGGUGAGUGAGGAGCGAUGAUAUGGAUCAGACGGGAUGAUGUACCGGAGACGAACGAAGGUCAGCCGGUGCAAGUAAACAGAAGGGUGAGAACUA